CUCAUGACAUCUAGGAAUGAAGUCACAAACCAAAGCAGGAAGUCGAGAGGGUUUUGAAAAUACAAGGAAGAAGAACAGCUCCUGGAUUCCCAGGAGGGGUGCCAACUAGGUGUCCCCUGAGGCCCUUUGUCAGGGAUAACUUGCCCAAGAAUGUCACAAUGUGGGUACAGUGUGGAUCAAACUACAGUCAACCUAUAGGAUACCAGAUGAAGUGAUUGAGAAAAGGCGUGAACAUCUUCCUUUGGCAGACAGGACGGCAUGGAGCAGCCAUUUACUGUGAACACACUGAAAAAGUUAGCUGCUAUGCCUGACCACACAGAUGUCUCCCUGAGCCCAGAAGAGCGGGUCCGCGCCCUGAGCAAGCUUGGGUGCAAUAUCAGCAUCAACGAGGACAUCACACCUCGCCGCUACUUCCGGUCAGGAGUAGAGAUGGAGAGGAUGGCGUCUGUGUACUUGGAAGAAGGGAACUUGGAGAAUGCCUUCGUUCUUUACAAUAAAUUUAUAACCUUGUUUGUAGAAAAGCUGCCUAGCCACCGAGAUUACCAGCAAUGUGCAGUACCCGAAAAGCAGGAUAUUAUGAAGAAACUGAAGGAGAUUGCAUUCCCAAGGACAGAUGAAUUGAAAAAGGACCUUUUAAAGAAAUAUAACGUAGAAUACCAAGAAUAUUUGCAAAGCAAAAACAAAUACAAAGCUGAAAUUCUCAAAAAACUGGAGCAUCAGAGAUUGAUAGAGGCAGAAAGGAAGCGGAUUGCUCAGAUGCGCCAACAGCAGCUAGAGUCAGAGCAGUUUCUGUUUUUCGAAGACCAACUCAAGAAGCAAGAAUUAGCCCGUGGCCAGGCUCGAAGUCAGGAGACACUGGCACUGUCGGAGCAGAUCGAUGGGAAGGCUCUCUCCUGCUUUUCUACACACCAGAACAAUUCCUUGCUGAAUGUAUUCACAGAUCAACCUAACAAAAGUGAAGCAACCAACUAUACUAGCCAUUCACCUCCUGUCAACAGAGCCUUAAAGCCAGCAGCUACUCUGAGCGCCGUGCAGAAUUUAGUGGUUGAAGGAUUGAGAUGUGUGGUUUUACCGCGAGAUCUUUGCCACAAAUUCCUGCUGCUGGCUGAAUCGAAUACAGUAAGAGGAAUAGAAACUUGUGGGAUCCUCUGCGGAAAGCUGACACACAAUGAGUUUACUAUUACCCACGUGAUUGUGCCAAAGCAGUCUGCGGGGCCAGACUAUUGUGAUGUGGAGAAUGUGGAAGAAUUAUUCAGUGUGCAGGAUCAACACGGCCUCCUCACCUUGGGAUGGAUCCAUACGCACCCCACCCAGACCGCUUUCCUGUCCAGCGUUGACCUCCACACGCACUGCUCCUACCAGCUCAUGUUGCCGGAAGCCGUGGCCAUUGUGUGUUCCCCAAAGCAUAAAGAAUAUGCAAACAUGUGCUGGUAAAAGACAUGAAGACAACUGUGCUGGACCUGAGGUGAUACUCUCUGAGCCGAAGCACGCUCAGCACAGACACCUGCCUGUGGAUGUGUGGCUGCCGGAUAUCCUUAAGAUGUUUCCAGAAAUGACUGAUAUUUUAUAUUUAUACAUUUUAGAUCAGAAAGUUUGAUAUUUAUUGCCUUUGCACAUUUUGAAGUUUUCUUUUUCAGUUGCUUUGUCUCAAAAGAGGCCACCUGGUGUUAAAUCAAGGCCUAUCAAUGUAUCACAUACUACCACCAGAUAAUAAAUUGUGCUGCAGAUUAGAGUAUGUCUGGUUUUCAGGUCUUUAGAUUUUUACUACAUUUUAAAAAACUGAUGUGAAAUGUAAUUCCAAAUAAAAUUUGGGUGCAGAUAGUCUUUUGGGAGAGCCCCCUUUUCCCAUGGUAGAGGAAGACAAUUUCUAGUGGGAACAGGAGUGUGGCUGCAGUUGA